GAUCCUUCAACAUUAAUUAUAAACCCGAAUGUUCGCAAACGAGAACAUUAUUUACAUAAACAAAAUUCAUAUUUACACGUACAUAAUAUUACUAGUACUAUUAUAUAUAGCAAACUAAGCCACCAAAGCCAUUAAAAUCUCACUCUCUCUCAUCAAAAUUAUAUAGUUUCUUCUCCUUUUUAUGCUUUAAGUUUGAGCUACGUUUCUUCUCAAAUAUGGGUUUCUCGGACGCCGGAAUUUAUCUCUCCGAUCAAAAUAAUCUCUGCGAGACGGAGCUAGGGUUCCUUCGUGAACCCUCAUUAGGUUUUUCAGACCUGAGCGUUCACACAACAUCACCACAACACGAGUUCCACACUAUUUCUCCUAUAUAUCAAGAAUUACAAGAUCAAGAUCAAGAUCUUGAAACUAAAUCGAAAGAAGCAAGUAAUUGCUCACGCAAAGGAGUAAACUUCAAGAACGAAGAAGAAGAAGAAGAUUAUUGUAAGACUCCGACUCGUCUCGACCAGAUUUUACCGUCGAAUCCAAACAUUUGUCCACCGGCGCCGAGGAAACCUAAAAGAGCACCGUCGAGAAGCCUUAAGGUCAGGAAUUCUUAUAAAAGCAAGAGAAUGAUCAUUCUAAAUGUUUCUAGAGAGAUUGAAUGUCUCUUCAAUCCAGCUUCUCUAUGUAAUAAAAUUAAGAAAGCAAGACAUAUCUGAUCGAUGUUUUCAUAUGUAUGUAUAACAUAGCUACCUAAUAACGAAAUUGUGUAAUACACUACGAGUUACAUAAUGUAUUGAGAUACCUAUAAACUUUUUAUCUUUCCUAUGUUAC